AUGGAUGCAUAUAGUAAAGCUUCAAGAAGUGCCGAAAUAAGCAUGAGAGGGAACAAGAAAACAAGUGAAGUGGUUCUGAAUAUCUCCACUGAAGAAAAAGAGGCUAAAAAUUCAUACCCAGAUGCUUCAAACGACCAUAGGUCUAAAGGAACUGUUGAUUCACCGCAGAGAGUAUCGAUAGAUUCUCAUUCGGAUGUUCCACUUUCUGUGCCAAUGAGCCAUCCUUCGCCUGAGAUUGGCCGGUUGAGUCCCAGCGCCAACAGGCCUCCCAAAAUCCCCACCACCGAAACACCCGCUCGACGGGAACAGCUGUCGAGGUCAGUGUUUUCAAAACCCAAGUCAAGAUUUGGUGAACAGCCUGUGGUUAUUGAUUCCAAUUUGUUUGAAGAACUACAACAGGAAACUGAACUGUCUAAUACGGCUACGCCUAGUAGUAAAACGGGUUUUAGUACUAAUCCAGCACCAAAUGAGCCUAGUAGGCCGAUGUCAUUUUCUCCCAAGUCGCCGUUAAUUGCAUCUCAAGUUGGUUUGGUAGGAGGAGGAGAGGCUAACAAGCCAUCUGUAGAGGUGAGUAACAAGGAAAGAAAGAAGUUUAAGAGAAUGGCAAUAAAAAUUUCGAUUGAAGGCGUUAUGUUUCUUUGGAUUUUAGGGUGUUUAGUUGCUACCUUGACUAUUGAUGGAUUAAAUGAAAGGAUGAUGUGGGGUUUUAAUGCCUGGAAAUGGAUUGUGCUUGUAAUGGUAAUGGUUAGUGGGAUGUUCGUUACCAGGCGGAUAAUUCGUCUUCUUGUUUUUUUUAUUGGGAAAAACUUUUUGGUCAAAGAGAAGGUAAUGUAUUUCGUUCAUGGAUUGAAGAAUAGUGUUCAGGUCUGUAUUUGGGUGAGUGCGAUUCUUGUCACUUGGGUUUUGUUGUUCAAGAAUAAGGUCAAGCAGUCACAUAAUGUGACUCAGAUUUUGGAUCGUAUUACUUGGACUAUUGUUUCUAUGCUCAUUGGCGCCUUCUUAUGGCUCUUAAAGACUUUGCUGAUAAAGAUUUUUGCAUUAUUUUUCCAUGUCAAUAAGUUCUUCGAUAGGAUUCAUCAGUCAAUCGUCAGUCACUACGUAGUGCAGAUUCUAACAAGUGCGCUCGGUGAAAGUAAUGAUGAUGAAGGCGGAAAAGACACUGAUGAGACGACUAGAAUUGGCAAGGAAGCAGCUAUAAGUNUGGUGUUCAUUGAUGCGAUUUGUAAUUCUGGUCAUUACACUAUGUCAAGUGUGCUCGGUGAAAGUAAUGAUGAUGAAGGCGGAAAAGACACUGAUGAGACGACUAGAAUUGGCAAGGAAGCAGCUAUAAGUGCCAAUAACAUCAUCAAAAAUAUUGCUGGCGAUGCUAACAAGUACAUUACAAAAAGUGAUCUACAAAAAUUCAUGAUCGACGAGCAUAUGAAUAUUGUGUUACCAAUGAUGGAUGUGGCGCAGACUGGAAAAAUCUGCAACCAAGCUUUAGCAGAAUGGCUGGUGAAGGUUCACAAAAGUCGCAAAGAACUAGGCCAUGUUCUAGAAGAUAGCAAAACAGCUAUAGAGGAAUUGAACAGGCUUGUCAGUGGAAUCCUGAUUGUUAUUAUGAUUAUAGUGUGGUUGAUUUUGACGGAAAUCGUAACAACCAAAAUGCUAGUCUUCCUCUCAUCACAGCUUGUGGUGGCAGCUUUUAUGUUUGGGAAUGCUUGCAAGACUGUAUUUGAAGCUCUCAUAUUUGUGUUUGUGAUGCAUCCAUUUGAUGUUGGUGACCGUUGUGUUGUUGAUGGCGUUCAGAUGAUAGUGGAAGAGAUGAAUAUUUUGACUACAGUAUUCUUGAGAUAUGAUAAUGAGAAGAUAUAUUAUCCAAACUCGGUUUUGGCUACAAAGCCUAUCAGCAAUUUCUACAGAAGCCCAGACAAUAUGGGCGAUUCCUUCGAGUUCUCCAUCGACUUCAACACAAAAGUGGAAGUGAUCGGGAGACUGAAAGAUAAAAUAAAAGCGUACAUAGAUAGUAAUCGUAAACACUGGCAUCCAACUCACAGUGUCGUGGUGAAGGAGAUUGAGAACAUGAACAAGAUAAAGAUGGCUCUCUAUUUUAAUCACACAAUGAACUUUCAAGAAUAUGGAGAGAGGAACAAGCGGAGAUCUGAGCUGGUUAUGAAGAUGAAGCAAAUUUUUGAAGACCUGAACAUAAACUAUUCUCUCUUGCCCCAAGAAGUUCAGAUUGUUGAGUCACAGAAAACCACAGUUGGGACUAGAAGAUGAUUAUGACUGUGGUGAUGGGUUCUACAGAAUCAAAAAGUCCAUUUCCCAUUUUAAGUGUCUUGAGUCAAAUACAUUGUAUCAGAAAAUAAAUGUAACAGUCAAGCUUGUUUAAAGUUAAGUAUCCUUGGACAUUUAUGGUUACUCAGUUCUGUAGGAAGGUUCAUUUUACAGUUGUCCAAUGAGUAUUUCUG